AUGGCAGGUUGGUCGAAUUCGCCAGUAAAGUGAAAAUCAAAAUAUAAUAAUUUGUCUACCGGUGCACGGUAAUAUUAUUUUUGCAGAAUCGGCUGACAGCGAAUGGGAUGCAUUAUUCGCGGACGAUUUUACUGUGGUUGCAGUCGACGAAGACGAGCGAAUUAAUCGGCAGAACAAAAUAUUGUACGAAAUAUACCUAUACCGGUAUUAUAUACAGGGUGUCCCCCAUGUGAUGAGGUUUUGAUUCGAAGAGGAAGACUCGCGAAUUACCAAUAAAAUACAUUAUAAAAAAAAAAUUACCUCGGUUUAUAUUUCAUUUUAGAUUCUGAGCAGAGCGAGUUUUACAAUGCUAUUUAUUUUAUUUUUUUUGUGAAUAACUUUUCUACCGUAAAUAUUAUACCGAUUUUCAAGUAUAGAACUUUUUAACAUUUUCUGAAAGGAAGUCUAACUUGAGUGGUACUUUGGGAAGGUUAUGUUUUGAUUUCCCCGUGGGUUUUCCUAAUAAAUGGGAAAAAACGGGAAAUUCUACGAAAUUUGUUAUUUUGAAAUCUUAAAUAUUACGACCUUUCUAAACAUAUAUAACUGAACUCCACUCAGAAUCGUUUUUCGUUAGCAAUGAUCAAUCGUCGCGUACACACAUAAAUUAAAUUUCCCUCUACCGUCCCAACUUCUCGCCUACAACAGUGGCCUAUCGUGCGAAAUAUGUGCGUUUUUUUUUACGAUUCGAUUGUCUAGGGAUCCCUAUGUAAAAACUCGGUAAAUGUCGUCACCUUUAAUUUGGUGAAAUAAUAUGUUCAUGUCAAGUCUAUGAGAACAAUAGUAGAUUGAGAACUAUUUUUAACUAGAUUAAAAUUUUGAAAAAUAGCGAUGGUAAAUGGCAAAUACUACUGUGAUGUCCUCUUAAAUCCAAUAGCCUAAUUUGAAGUUUUGUUUUUUUUUUUUUGUGGCAAUUACACAUAUUUUGUAUUUAAGCGCAUAAUUAUAGAUAAGUAGGAAGGUUGAUAAAACAUUUUUAUGAAACAAAUUAAUAUUAAAUACAAAUUUUGUAUGUACUUAUGUAGAGAUUUAAUAUUAUAAAUGUAGGUGUUAAAAAUUAUAAUUUGAAAAUCGAUUUUUUUUUCCGUUUAUUUAUGAGUUAGUGAGUUACAUUGGUGACACGGAUUAGAAAAAAAACCCCGUAAUUACUUUUAAUUUGGUACGGGAAAGAAAGUCUGAAAGAAUAGAAGAGAUUAAUGCGAAAAAAAAUUAAAGAAUACGCAAGAACUUCAUUGAUGGUAAACGCGACAUUAUCGGCGGUGAGGAGGGGAUUUAUUAGGGGUUACGAAGGAGAUAGGGUGAAAGACCAGCGCGGAGGGGAAGUAUACCGUGGUAGAAGUGAGUGGUCGAUGACGAUGGCAAGUAUAGGGCGGGAUUAUAUCAACGGGCAUUUAACUGGCCGUGGAUAAGGCCGUGCGUGUAUACUGCUGCUAUUUGACUAUAAUUUCGUAUAAUGCAAAAUAAAAUUAAAAAUCGAAUUUCAUUAAGUAGAUACGUAUAAUAUUAUAUUAUACCUAAGUUAUUAAAUAAUGCACAUAAAUAUAAUUUAUUAUGCACAAAUGUACAUACAUUUAAUUUGUCAUGCGGGCAAAUGCAGAUUCAAAUUUGACAUGGAAAUAGUCAGGCUCGGAUUAAGGGGAGGGCCAUGGCCCCAGGCCGCCGAGUAUCGUAAUAUUGUGGGCCCCUGGCCUUGGCUGGUAGUACUGUAUACUCAUCAAUAUUUUGAAUUUGUUUAUGGUCCCCCUAAAAUCGUUUGGCUCCAGGCCAAAAAUCAUCUUAAUCCGGGCUUGGAAAUAGCAUAGUUGCAUUCUGAAAACGGACCAGUGGCGUGAGCGGGGUACCUACUGUGUGCGGAAGUGGAUAAUAGGAUAAUAGGACACACCUAUUUGCGUAUCGUUUUCUGGUUAUUCGGAAUCGGUCAUCUCGGCGUUAAAUUUCCAUUUGAAAUAUUUGAAACUUGCACAUCGUAUGGUUUUCUAUUUUACCGAUAGUUUAAAGACGGGUAUUUUUUCCUCGUACCAACAGGAACGAGGAGACGCGAAGGUUAACGACGGCUAUCGCCAAGAAGACGGCGGCAGCAAACGACUACCUGGGUCUCUUGCGACAAAACAGCAACGAUGAAACGGUCCCGUCGUCGUACGAACCGUCGCUGUCGUCCCGCGGUGCCGGACCGAACGCUUCGAGGCGGCAAAACGUCAAACGGCAUAGCAUCGCGCAGCAGCAACGCGCGCCUCGUUCGGAGAAUCUGCUGUUCAGUGACGACGACGAUGACGCCGCUGACAAACCGAAUGCAGCCCGGGGUGGCGUUUACGACCUGCUGGCCGACACUCCGAACCGCGGUAACAGUAGUAACAGAACGCUAGCGACACCGACCAUCAUGACGACCGCCGCAGUUGACGGAGGUGGGGACACGGCCGACCGGUUGUCGAAACGUCGGGAGACGUCACCGUCCAUAUCGACCGCCAAAACUACCGUGGCCGGUAAAAAACGACGAGAUUUUAAGCGCUUUUAGUGUUUGUUUUUUUUUAUAGUCGUUAAAAGUGGUUUUCAGGAAAAAAUUCUGUACCAUCCAAUUCAAUUUGUAGCGUGAACUGUAAUCGCGUUUCACGACUAUAAAACUGUGAUGGCAGCCUUAAAAGCUUAAGGUGGUUAAGCUUUUAAAAUGAUUAGAUAUCAAUAUUUACUUUCUUUGUCCAACAUGUAUAGUGUACACACACACAUCGUAGCAAUUCAGACCAAAUCUCUUUCAACAAGUCCCCGAUCGAAGUGUAGCGAAGCGAUAAGAAUUCUAAAAACAGAUUUUUUUUUUUUUUUUUUUUUGAUUCAGCGUGAUGAAGUGUACAUGCGAAUAAUUAUACAGGUAGGCAAUUUUUUCGAGUAGUUUUCUUCAUAAACAGAUUUCUCACCGUGUAGACUUCAUAGUCACGGUCCUCUUGCUAAAACGAGACUAGAAAGGAAUAUUCACCCCGAUAAUUGGGAGGUGCGGUCGGUCUGAACGGAUCAAGAGGGAUUGAUUUUUCACAAUUAUGAACGUUGCUUGAAAAAUUGAAAAAUUACUUUCAUAUUCAUAAACUAGAUAUCAAAUGCAAUAAAAAGGUUUUUUUUUAUUAAAGCGAGAUCCCUGAUAGAAAACAAUGCGCAACAAUUAAAAACAAUGCCGCGACGCGUCUUAAAUAUUUGUUCGUUUUUCCUAUAAGUUUUUUCCAAAUUAUUUUGAGAACUCCUUGGAAAAUCAAAAAGUGUACCAAUUAAAUCUAAAGUGCAAAAAUAAAAUCUCGUCAUUUUUCGAUUGGAGAAAGCUUUUUGGUAGAAAAGUUGUUCGCAGACAAAAAAAAAACAUAUGUAGUAAAACCAAUAUAUCACUCGCUACACUCUAAAUCUAAAAUAAUAUAUAUAAUAAUAUUGAUUUAAUCCUAGAGAUUUUUUUGAGAUAUAUUUAUCGGAGAAAUUUCGAUUGGGGAUAUUUUAACCCGGAACUGAUAGGACUGAAAAUCAGUUUAAAUUACUAUGCUGCGUGUGUUGGAUAAAGAAAAAAAAAUAUCAAUAUUUAUAAUACCCUGUACCUGCAUUUACUGUCUGUGCAGUCUAACAAAAUUACGUUACUUAGAGCAUACAUUGUGGCAAUUAGGUUGUAUAAUAAUGAAAUAAUGAAAUUUAAAGAGCAGAAUAUUUUUGAGAGCUAUAAGUAGAUUUUUUAUGGAAAAAAAAUAUACCUAUUCAGAAAAGUUACAGCUAUUUAUAAAGAAAAAAAUGGGUAUAACUUUUUUGUUGUUAGUUAGGUACACUGAGAUAAUACAUAUAGGUACAGCGUUCUCAAAACGAGCAAGUACUUAAAUUAAGUGGUGACCCUUUCCAGGACAUAACGUGAAUUGGACUAACGUUUCGAUCAAAAAAAUAUCAUCUUCCACACAGUUCGUUCGAUAAUAUGACUGAUUGGUAUCAUUAAUUUUUCAGAAAAAACGAUGCCUUCUUGGUUUAGAGAAAUUACACAACAAAAGACAGAGAUACCCCCGACUACCAUUAUCGCAGGUCCUUCUCCUUCGCCACCUGCGAUGUCCUCUGCUAAAGAAACGGUGCCGGCGACUGCGAGUGUCCGAAAGUCCGAGACGGCUGGGCGGGAAAAAACCGCCGAAGACGAACCGACUUCUUCGGUGAUAUCGUUGCUCAGAGGAAAAGACAGUCUUCAAUCAACUAUACUGGAAUUGAUUCAAGAGCUGUCCAAAAAAAAACAAGACAUCCAGCAAGCAACACUGACACUGAUUCAAAAUCAACAAAACAGCGAUCUUCUCAUUAGGGUAGAUGACAUAUUGAUUAUUAAGUACUGAUUAAAUUGAUUACGAUAUUGUACAUUACAAGACAGCGAAUGUUUGUAUAGGCGUUGUUAAUGGACAAUAAUUCAUCGGUAAUGAAUCCGGACGGACAAGAAUUAGAACGUUUACGGUCCGAGAAUCACAAAUUUCAAUUAACCGUCGACCAUCUUUCCAAAAAACACGAAUUAGAAUUAGACGCUUUAAAAACCAAAUAUGAGUAAGCAGACUUAUAUACAGACUUUUUUGUUUACUUAACAAAAUAACGCUUUCAACGAUUGUGUAGGCCAAAGUAAAGAUAUUUAAAGUUGGUCAUUUGUUUGACAUAAAUGGGACACCGCUCACCUAUAAAUUUAUCAUUUUAUAGAUUACAACAAAACGUAUUGCAUGAAAAACUCGACCGUUUGGAAGAGCGCAUUAACGAGCUGGAAGAAGAACGAAAAGCCGAUGGGACGGAGCAAAAGGAAAACGAGAAGCGGCUGAAAGAAAUGUACGAGGACAGGUUGCGUACGAUGCACGAAAGCCAUUUGAUCGAUCUUAAACAGUCCGUCGAAGUGCAAAAGAUCAAAAUGAACCAUUUGGAAGAAGUCGAGUGCAGUUUACGGGACGCGAAACCAAAACGAUUGUCCAGUGAAGAGAUGACCGCAAAGGAGAUGUCGAUUUCGGCACAAGAAAAUAAACUCAAAGGUUCUUAAGGAUAUAAUAUAAUGUACUUAUUGUUUCUCGUUCGGUUUAUUUAAUAAUAAUGGUGACCGUAAUAUUGACGGUCCGAGCAGAGUUACAGGAAGAAGUCGACAAACAAAUGGCCGAAUUGGAAGGCGAAAGGUCGGCCCUUCAAAUGAAAAUCGACGAGUUCCAGUCGAGAAACCAAAGAGAACGGAACGAAAUCGAACUCGCUGGCAAGGAGUUAAAGCGGUCUACAAAGGCGUUUGAAGAUGGACGGAAAACGUGGGAACGGGAAAAAAAAUCUGAAACACAGUACAUAGAGAGCCGCAAACAAGAGUUAGAAGUAAGUCAGAAAACGACCAACGUUAAGUUAGUCGAUACAACGCGAGAGGUUUAGCUGACCUAACCACGGACUAUAAUUACAAUAUUAAGGUAAAUUUUAAUUCGUGAUCUAACUAGACCUAUUUUCUUCAGGCGGUUCGUUCGUCGGUCAUGGAAGAGCAACGAAAAUUGUCCGAAGAACGUUAUGAAGUGGCUUCCGAACGUUACAGACUCGAAUCAAUGCUCAAACUAGAUACCGGUACGGGAACGGAUUUGAUACAGGCUAAAGUAGAAGUGAAAGAGAAUUUUAAAGAAUUAAGAAAAAAAGAAAACGAAUUGGAAAAACGUUUGGAACAAGUAAAAGAAAUGGAAACACGUUUGGCCGAAGAAAAACGUAAAAUACAAGAACAAGAUGAUGAAAUAAAAAUGAAAUCGAUUCGCGCUGAAAAAAUGUUAAAGGUAUACCUGCUUAUAUUUUUUUCUAAUUUGAAAUUUUAUUAUGAUGGUUGAAAACUAUAUUAAUUUUUUUUUACGUGAUCAGGAGAGUAGGUAACUUAUAACUCAUUUUUAUGUCUUUUUAAUGGGUAGAUAGGUAUAUUACAUUAAUUAUUAUUUUGUGGUUAAAUUCUAAAUAAGGCAUACCUAGAUGGGCACUAGAUUGUGUACGGUAGGUACUUACCGUUAGCAUUGAUUUUUUAAUAUACUAUAUAAUAUAUUUAUAAUAUUAAUAACUAUUUCAGAUAUAAUAGCGCUCAUACAUAGAAAAAUAAUGUAUUAUUGUUUAUAAACUCCUUUUAAAAAUAGAUUGCAAUUUCAAAACAAGAAGAAGGCCUAAAAGCUUUAGAAAGUGCAAAAGAUAUUCAAAAUAAAUUUGAUAAAAAAGGUAAAGACAUUCAGAAUCGAUUGUUGGAUAUUAUUAUGCGUGAAGAAAACAUUGUCCAGGUUAGUAAAUUGGAUUCGAAAUUAUUACCUAUUCGGCUGUCUAUUUGUAAAACACAGUAAAUACUACUUUAUUAAUUUGUGUUCUUUUUCAUUGUAUUCUGUAUUUAUAAAUACUGUGUUUCAUAAAUAGACAACAGUGAAAGCCAUUGGCUAUAACAUAAAUAUUGAAAAUUAUUAUAAUUUUAGGAAGAAACUAAAUUAGCUAAAGAAAAAGACAUAUUUGACAAACAGCGGAAAAAACUAGAUCUGGUUUUACCUCAAUUGUCUGCGGAUGAAAUUCGUUUUUUUAACCCUAAGCCAAACAAAUAUGAAGCUGAAAAGGAAGUGUAUUACAAAAAAAAUCAUUUAUACUAA